CUUCUCGCCCGUUGUGGCCGAAAUGAGGAAGUGCAUGCGGAGGGAGGAGGAGGGGGAGGAGACUGAGUUUGCGCGGCGCUGCUGCUGCUUCUCCUUCUGCUCCCGUACGAACUUUCAUUAUUUCUGGACGCGGAAACAUUUCGAGCCGACCGGGAGGAGAGAGAGAGAGGUCAGAAUGUCGUCAUCGACGUCGUCUUCGCUGCCCCUCGGCCAGGACGGCGCGGUGCGCUACAAGAAGCGCAAGGCCAACUUCACGUUCAGCGAAGUUCACAUCCUGCUGGACGAAGUGCGCAAAAACCGUCACAUCGUCGUGGGUAAGUUCAAUUCUGGCAUUCCCAGUGAUGUGAAGAGGAGAAAGUGGACUGAGAUCACGCAGCGCAUUAACGAGAUCGGCGAGUGCGACCGGGAAGUCGGCGAGGUCAUUAAGAAGUGGUCCGACCUCAAAUGCGACACCAAGCGGAAAAUCGCAGCGCUGCACUCGGGCGUGGCUCUGCCCCACUCAUCAGACCUCACACAGACCGAAAACAUUGUGAGCUCCAUUCUGGAGCUGGACAAGAAGCCGUGGGAGGCGACGCGCUCGUCACGGGGACGCAGCAGGAGUGAGGAUCAGGACACGACUGCAGGAGACGAGGACGAUGAUGUCGCGUUCAUGGGUCCGGGAUCGGUUCAGGAUUCUCCCAGAUCAGGAAUCGAGACGAGGCCGAUGCUGCCGCCACUUCCGGGAGCCGCCACCGGGGGGUUCGAGAUGAAAUUUGACUCCUCGAUUAACACGGACGCAGACUCUCGCGCGAUGGACUCGGAUGAUGACCACCACGACAUUAUCCCUUCGUCUGUGAAUAACUCGUAUACAGAGGACGAGGGAAACCUCAGCAGUGUCCCGCACGUGUCCUCGUCCUCCACCGGUCACGCUCAGGCGGGGACGGAGUCCGAGAGCACACGUGAGCAGUUAGCACAAAGUGCUAGCCUGAGUGUGCAGGAGCAGCAUGUGACGAACGCACUGCUGUGCACGGUGUCGCGCUCGCUGGAGCUCCUGGCUGAGUCGGUGCAGCAGCUGGCGGAGACGCAGCAGGAGUUUGCCCGCGAGUCACUCAGGCUGCAGAGAGAGACGGUGCAGGUGCUGCGAGAGUUUGCCUCCGGGGCGCUAACACUUCUGCACGAGAGGGUCAACGGCAAACCGCCGCUCAUUUAAACGACCCGGAAGUUUGCACAGAAUCACUGCCAAAAACUUUACCGCAGCAUGAAGACUGCGCCCUCGCAAAUCACACUAACGUUUUAUCACUAUAUUAUACAUCCAAGAGGAAGUUCUCCACAGUCUUCUCGCACUGAUCAGCAGGACGAUGGGACUGACCGCUAAAACACAACACGGUGUCCUUCUGAGCGAGACUGAUUUUAUUCUCAGGAGAACGCUACUUGGGCAGCCUCCUUCUGAAAACACGGCAGCGUUAACGAUCACGCACUGAAGCGCUCGUCAUGACGACGACGAUGGUGCUGAUCAGUGUUAAAUAUCAUGACGUAAUCACUCAUCAGCAGGGAAGACACACCGUCUCCGUGUUCUGACGAUGAUCUGAGAUUCGUAGUUCUCUAAAAUAACUGCUCCCACAUCACUUAUUAGCGUAUUCGACACCGAAAGCUGCGUUACUGUCCAUGACUGAUCUCCGUGAGAAAAUUCCACACGCUGUUGCCUGGGACUUUGUGUAUGACAGUGUUUUAAACAUUCAUAGAAAGAGUGCUGUAAUGGACUUAUUUUUUGUUUUUUUUAUAUAUAUAUAUAUAGAUAUAUAUGUAUGUAUGUCUGUGGAUAUGGGUAAAAUAAUAAAUAACCUGGCUGUCAGGUGUCACUUUUAUGGCGUUGCUCUUAUUCAAGAUACGCCUUUUAAAGUGCUGGACUGAGGUAACAGAUGACCGCUACAGUUGCUAAUCAGUGAUGGGUGGGGCUUAGAUUUCACACUCAAGGAAAACCGAUUAAAAUGAUUUCAUAGUCAUGUCAUUAUUUUCCGAUAUAAUCAUCACACUGCUAAAACAUGAUUCCUGCCAUGUUUUUUAUACUGUCUUUUUGGUAACUCUCGCCUGGUGAACGUAAUUAUGGCUUAGCGCUCGUGCGCUAGUCCUGCUUUUGUGAGCUGCUUACGAAAAUGGAAAAACAAAAUUCGAAUGUUUGUAUUAUUCCCUUGAUAAUCAUGCCUCCUGUCUAUGAUGGGAAUUUUGUUUUUCCUUUUCUUUUUUACUGUAAUGGAAACGUAUUUAAGAGGUUUGAGGUUCUUCUGUCCAAAAAACAAUGAAAAGGUAUUAUUCUUCUGGAUGCCAUAUAUCAUGUAAAAUUGUCUAAAAGAAGUGAAAUAAAGUCUUUGCUGCUCUUUUUUUUUUUUU